AUGGCGGACGUUGAGAUGGACAUCACGUCCAGGAGAAUGAAUAAUGGCAACGAACACGUGAAGCAAGACCUGGAAAGCCAUGAAAGGAGUGGGAACGAGGACAGUGGAGACGUAUCUGAAGAAGAAGAGGAGGAAGAGGAGGAGGCUGAAACUAAUGGAGAGAAGGUGGAGGAGGGGCCCAAGCAUCACAGCGGCAGCGGCAGCGGCAAACACAAGAGGAAAAAACACAAACACCGCAGCAAGCACAAAAAGCACAAACAUGCCUCCGACGAGGACAAGGACAAGAAGCGCAAGCAUCGCCACAAACAUAGGAAACACAAACGCAAAGAGGCCUCGUCCCCCUCCGGCGCCGCCCUCUUCGCCUCCUCCAGCCACAGAAAGGUGGAGUCCUCUCCCUCCUCCGGGAAUCCCAGCCUGGACGACCGAGCCUUGCUGGAGGACCUGGAGAAGCAGAGAGCCCUGAUCAAAGCCGAGCUGGACAGCCAGCUGAUGGAGGGCAAGGUUCAGUCCGGCAUGGGCCUGAUCCUGCAGGGGUAUAACUCCGGGUCUGAAGAGGACGCAGAGGCCAGGUUCAGAAAUGGAGAGCAGCGUCAGAGGGGCAGCUCAGGUAAACCCAUUUCCCCCAGAGGGGGCAAAAGUGUGAAGUCUAGGCGGGACUCAACAGAGGGCAGUAAACCCAGCUCCAGACGUCGCAGUCGGAGCAAGUCUGCAGAAAAGCCUGCUAAAGAGUCCAAACAGGACAAGGUGACCAAAAGCACCAAGGACUCAAGUGCUAAGGACAAAGGCCGCGGCCGGAGCAGGUCCAAGGACAGGAAGCGUUCACACAGCACUGAAAGGCCGAAGGAGAGGAGGAAGUCCAACUCUCCGUCCAGCUUUAGGGCAGAGCAGCGUGGCGGCCGCUCUGACAAGCGUUCCUCUCCGCAACGAGACGACAGACCAAACCAGGAGCGGGCGAGCAGGCGGUCCAGGUCGCCGGGACGAGAGCGGCCGAGCCGCGCAGAAGCAGAUCGCGACAAGCGGCCGGCCAAGUCGCCUUCGAAAGACGCCUCUUCAGGGAAAGAGAACCGCUCCCCGCACAGGAGGGCGCCUCACAGCCCCCCGAGGAGACGGAGCGCCUCCCCCCGACACCGAGACGCCCGCCACCCGUCGGCCAGUGCCUCGGACAGGACCGCCAAGCAGAGCCACUCCCCCUCCAGGACCAGGUCCUCGCCCCGGAGAGUCCGCAGCCGCUCGCCCGACCCCAGGAGGAGGGAGCUGGACAGGCAGGACUCCCCGCUGAGGAAGCGCCCUCGGGUGGAUUUGGGUCCAGGCAGGGCCCGAUCCCGGGACGGCAGUCCCCGACCGCCGCCCCGCCGCAGGAUGAGUCGUUCUCCUCUGAGACGAAGGUCCCCGUCACUGAGGCGCCGCUCCCGCUCCUCCCCCCGCAGACGGAGCAGGUCUCCUCUGAGACGCAGGUCUGAUGAGAGAGACCGGUACGGCCGACUGCGACAGUAUCGGCGCUCAAUGUCCCGUGAUCGGGAGAGGAGGCGGCGGCGCAGCAGAGAUGAGGAUAAGUUCAAGGGCAGCCUGUCUGAGGGCAUGAAGGCCGACCAGGAAUCCUCAGAGGGGGAAAUGCUGGAUGACUUUGAUGGCGAGGAGAUCGAUGAAGAAGCAGUCAUUGAGCAGCGCCGCCAGCAGCGGAAGGCCAUCGUCCAGAAAUACGAGGACACCAACAUGAUAUCCGAGCCCAGCAGCCCGCAGAGCAGCACGAGGAGCCGCUCCCCGUCGCCCGACGACAUCCUGGAGCGGGUCGCCGCAGACGUGAAGGAGUACGAGCGCGAGAACCUCAACACCUUCGAGGCCAGCAUCAAAGCCAAGCACAACCUCAUCGCGCAGGAGAAAGACGGAGCCAACCCAAAGAAGCCCUCAGCUCCUGACAUGUUUACAGAGUCAGAUGACAUGUUUGCUGCAGACUUCGAUAGUGCCAGGAUGAGAGCUGCAGGUGUAGGAAAGGACUUCAAGGAGAACCCCAACCUCAGGGACAACUGGACCGAUGCUGAGGGUUACUACAGGGUGAACAUCGGGGAGACACUGGACAAGCGCUACGACGUGUACGGCUACACCGGCCAGGGUGUGUUCAGCAACGUGAUCCGAGCCAGAGACACCGCCCGCGCCGGCCAGGAGGUGGCAGUCAAGAUCAUCCGAAACAACGAGCUCAUGCAGAAGACGGGACUGAAGGAGCUGGAGUUCCUCAAGAAGCUGAACGACGCCGAUCCUGAUGACAAGUUCCACUGCCUGCGACUGUUCAGACACUUCUACCACAAGCAGCACCUGUGCCUGGUGUUCGAGCCUCUCAGUAUGAAUCUGCGAGAGGUGCUGAAGAAGUACGGGAAAGACGUGGGGCUCCACAUCAAAGCCGUGCGCUCCUACAGCCAGCAGCUCUUCUUGGCCCUCAAGCUGCUCAAACGGUGCAACAUCCUCCACGCCGACAUCAAGCCGGACAACAUCCUGGUGAACGAGUCCAAAACCAUCCUGAAGCUGUGCGACUUUGGUUCUGCGUCGCACGUCGCCGACAACGACAUCACGCCGUAUCUGGUCAGCAGGUUUUACAGGGCUCCGGAGAUCAUCAUAGGAAAGCCGUACGACUACGGCAUCGACAUGUGGUCCGUGGGCUGCACUCUGUACGAGCUCUACACCGGCAAAAUCCUCUUCCCCGGAUCCUCCAACAAUCACAUGAUCAAGCUGGCUAUGGACCUCAAGGGCAAGAUGCCCAACAAGAUGAUCCGCAAAGGCUUGUUCAAAGACCAGCACUUCGAUCAGAAUCUCAACUUCCUGUACAUUGAAGUCGACAAAGUGACAGAAAGGGAGAAGGUGACGGUGAUGAGCACCAUCAACCCCACCAAAGACCUGCUGGCCGACAUGAUCGGAGGCCAGCGGCUGCCCGAGGACCAGAGGAAGAAGGUGAUGCAGCUGAAGGACCUGCUGGACGGCACGCUGAUGCUGGACCCGGCCAAACGCAUCAGCAUCAACCAGGCUCUGCAGCACCCGUUCAUCCAGGAGAAGAUCUGAGACACACACACACACACACACACCGAGAGCCGGAGAGAUGAACCAACCACUGAACCAGCUCUGACGGGAACGGUGCAGCGAGGCCGGCCGCCUACAGACUUCUGAUCAGAAUGUCACCUAAAGUUUUGUUCUUCCUCCACAUGAGUUUGUUUGUUUGGAGACACUUUCUGUGUUUUAUUGUAAAUAGGUCAUCGAAAUGGUAGCCAUUCUUAAAGAAGUUAACUUUUGCAACUCUCAUUGUAAACUUGCCCCCCAUCCCUUCCCGCAAUGCAGAUCUAGACAUUCGGUUUGUUUUUUCUUUUUAUUUAUCUGGCAUUGGGUGACAGAUGUUUAAAAGAAAAAUAUAAUUCCUGUAAAUACUGUUAUGUCUCUUGCAUUAAUUAUCUUAAGCAGCAGACAGUUGAAUUAGGUCGUAGUCGCAGAUGUGUAAUUCCAUCCUUUCCCCCCUUUUUGUUUUUUGUUUUUGUUUGAAACCACAUUGCUCAUUGUGGGGCGAUGCAUGCUUUUUGAAUGUGCACCCUUCGUGCUCUAGAUUCCUGUGGUGCAGGCCUGUGUAAAACGCUCUGUUUGUGCAUCAGUGUCCCACACGUGACGGCGACCUCCCCUCCCCACCACCACCACACCACUAAAAACAAGUCCCGAGGCUCCUCGGCCUGAGCCGGAGGGAGAGAUGCAUCGUAUGUACUCCUCAAACUUUAUUUUGUCUCCACCUGCCCCCUCCCUCCCCCUCCCUCCUACACUCCAGCUCGGUCCUGGCUCCAAAGGCUCUAACAUUUAAGUGCCUCCUGUAGGAGCCUCCUGUGUUCAACCCAUAAACAAUGCUGGCCUCUUGAAGCCCACCUGUGCCCCCACCCCCCCCCCCCCCCCUUCCCAUUGUUGUAUAUAGAUCAUAGUUACUGUCCUUUCAUGUAUGAUUUGAAUCUUUCUUUCCAUUAAGUGGUAAAAAAAAAAAAAUAAUCUUGUGAUUUCAAUAAAGAAUAGUUGUGGAAACGCUGCUGAAAGAGCACCUUCAGUA